AUGGCUGAUGCACCCAUCUUUACGGCAAUAUCUACAUCUGCUAGGCAGUUGUACCUGUUGCUUCGGUGCAUUGCUUUCUCCCAGCGUGCAGAGGUGGAGAUCACCCAACAAGGAAUCAAGUUCUCUGUCGAAGAAGCACGAGUUGUUCAGGGCUUGACGUUUCUAGACAAGGCCCUCUUCUCGUCGUACAAUUUGAGACUCAACGAUGAAGAUCAUGCCUUGCCCCUGUUUGCAGUCUCAGUUGAUGCUCUCCUGGAAACGCUACAGAUAUUUGGCAUCGCCGAAACAACUUCCUCAGCGCGGAACCCCUAUGGUGGACUUUCAUCGUCGUAUGGGAACGCUUUCAAUACCCCGGCACUGGCACUCGGAGGCACAUGCCGAAUUUCGUACCAAGAGGCUGGUGCACCGCUCACCAUCACCAUCCAGGAAGGGUCAGUCACCACAACGUGUGAGAUGAACACGUACAGGGUUUAUGAUCAAUAUGGUGACGAUGGUGGUAUCCCCCUGGACCGGAACUCGUUGUGUCUGAAAGCGAUUAUGCGGAGUGCUUGGCUCAAUGAUGCGAUCGGAGAGCUCUCAGGCACCAAUCCGUCUGUUCUUGUAAUCAAUGCUUCUGGCCGUACUGCUCCCUUUUUCUCGUUGGAAGGCGAAGGAGGACCAUUCGGCGAUAGCACCGUGGACUUUUUACCGGAGUCCAAGAACGCGCCUACCUCCAGCGUCCCCAGAGCCAAAAAGCAGCCGCUGGUCACGGAAACGUUCUCGGUCGUCGCACCGCCCGGAAGCCAUGGAAGAGUCUCCCAGAGGUACAAGUUCGAUAUGAUCAAGCGGGCAGGCAGGGCAAUGGCUUUGGCCAGCAAAGUCAGCAUUCGUCAGGAUCAACAAGGCGUGCUUAGCCUGCAGUUCAUGAUCGACUUGGGCGACGGUGCCAAUGCUGGCCCACGCCGAGAAGAAAGUGUUGCUGUCAACGCACCACCGACGCCUAGCAGUGUCGCUUUUGUGGAUUUUAGAUUUGUUCCACUCUUGGACGACGAGGAGACCGAAAGCAAUGGCGAGUUGGAAGACGAAACAGCUGAGGAGGCGGACUUGGAACCAGAUGACGAUAGUCUAUAG